AUGCAAGCUUGGGCACGCCUCUGUCUUCAAUCUCUGCAAAAUUUGGUGUCUCAGGUGAAGCUCCACUUCCAGGAGCGCAAAGAAUGUGACAUCCACGAUCCAAUGUUUCUGCGUUGCCUGACCGUCUUUGCCAAAAGCCGCGGCUGCAAGAUCGUGAAUGCGGAAUUGAAGAGCGGUGCACAAACCGACUUCUCAGUCAUCAUGUGCCAUGACAAUGUGAGGGACCUGGCGGCCGUCCCACCUCCGUCAACUGGAAAAGGAAAAAAGGGGCAGAAGAAAAAGAAGAGCAAGAAGAAUUCGGGUCCAAGUGCGGGCACUCUGUACAAGU